ACUUUCAGACACAUGUCAUAAUAUCAAUUUAUGGGCAUAGAGUCAUUUUAAUUGGUACAGCGGCUUUUUAGACCAACAAGUGAAAUACCUUCUUUGACAGAGCUGCAGAAUAAUUCUUGGACAAACAUAAAUGGACUGACCAAGUCUUUAAGGAGAGAUGUGAAAAAAAGUAACAUCCCAAAGGGUUUACAGAACACACUAUGUGUUGCAAAUCUGUAGCGUGGAAUAAAGAGAACAUUUUGCAGCCAACACAUCAAAACAGAAAAGAGAUGCUGUUUUUUUAGCCUUGCUGCACAGCGAAUUGAUUGGGCUCUGAAGAAAAAGGCCAUUUCUUCCUGAAAGGGCGUCCAUAGAUUAAAAAAAAAAAUGCAUGAUUCUGUUUUUACCAAGAAAAACCAGAAAGUCACUGUCCUAAAAUUUAAGACUUUACAAUUUAAAAUGAGUAAUUUAACACUAUUUAUGGCUAUAAAAGUAACAAGUCAAAAUAUUUUACCCCAUUGACGGAUUUUCUUCUAACUAAACAACAGAAUCUACAACGGCGGAGAAAAUCGUCUGACCAAAUAUCCUUAUUUUAAGAAAAAAAUGUUGUUACUAAGACAUAUUUUCUCAAAAUAGGAUUAUUUGGCUAUUGAAAAUUUUUCUUCAUAAUAUUAUUUAUCUUUGUAAUACAGAUAAAAGACACAUUUAUUAUACCAAUGGGAGUUUUUGCAGUGUUUAAACAAUUUAAUCCCCCUGGACCAUGGGUGUCAGGUGCUUUGCAGCGCUGGAACUGUCAUAUCAUAACAGGUGGACAUACACCUCCACUGAAGGAACAAAAAUGUAAUUGUGCUGAUAAGAUCCUGUUAUUUUUAUUCUCUUCAGUAAAAUGUAUAUAGAUCCAUACAUUUGUCAUUACAUCUGUAACGGCCCCUAAAACAAUAUUGAUGCAACAGCUUACAACCAACUCCUGCAAAGAUAAUUAUUGAUUGGAGGUGUGUCUACAAGGAGGUUUUUUUUUUCCUUUCGCUGUACAACAGCGCUUAGAGACGAGAAAUUGUUUGUGAGUGUGAUGCAUAUGUCAGGUGUUGUAUUCCUGCUGCCUAAAAAUACUCUAAACACUGAGCUUGAGAGAGCCGUUACCAUUCCAGCUCUGUAUUUGACUCCAUAAUUCCACAGUAGAUAGGUCUCUGGAGUAUACAGACACACACACACAGUUAAUGGAAGUUCUCUGAAGAUAGUUGAGGUCACUAUUCUGUUCUGUGAAGGAUUUCAAAGAGGAGAAACAUGUCCUCCUGUGUGGAAAAGUCCAGAGGUAGGAAUCCGUAUGCAGCGGUACAGGUGGACCCGGACAGUGACUACAUCACACCAGGAACUCUAGACUUGGAGCAGCUUUUCUGGUCUGGACCCACAGCUCAGUAUGCACACGUCAACCAGGUGUGGCCGAGAAUUUACCUUGGCGACGAGAAAACAGCUUUGGAGAGGCCUGCUUUGAAGGAUCUGGGAAUUACACAUGUCCUCAAUGCGGCAGUAGGAAAGUGGAACAACGUGCUGACUGUACUUCAGUCAAGCUGCAGAAUUUAUUCACGAGGCCCUCAUCCACCCACAGAACAUGGUUCUGGUGCACUGUGUGAUGGGUCGGAGCCGGUCGGCAACUUUAGUUUUGGCGUAUUUGAUGAUAAAGGAACAUUUAUCCGUUGUGGAUGCUGUGGAGCAUGUACGACAGCGCCGCUGUAUCCUGCCCAAUCAUGGUUUCCUGAAACAGCUCAGGGCUUUGGACAUCGCCCUGCAGGAGGAGAAGCUGAGACUGAAAAGGAAAGAUGAAUGAGUUCACACCUCCUAAAUAAUUUUACUAAAGACUUCCAAUUUUUCAUUGUUUUAUUCUCAUGUAAUCAUAAAACGUUCUGUUUUUGAAUUGCA